CCGCGCGCUUCCUCUCCCGCGCUCUGCCGAGUUCCGGAGGGCCGCGCAAAUCUUUGGUACUUCAAGUGAUGGAUUUGGUUAAGGAGUUCGUGAUGGGAGCACUGGCGGCCUACCAAGUGGAGUGGGAGGCACUGGAGAAGGUAUUUGAGGAAGUGGGAGUGACCUCAAAAGACGAUUUGGCACACAUCGACUGGAAGGCAGACUUUGGGGACUUUUCUGCUGUCCUCAGUAAAGUGCAAUUCCGUGUGCUUGGCAAGGCCGUGACUGAGACGGCAACAUCGCCAUCACCUAACACACCGCAGCCCCAGGCUCCUCCGCCUACAAGGCAGCCACUAACCCCGGUGUCAACAAACUUCAAUAUUCCUUACGACAAGUUUAAUGAAGUCCACAUGACAAUGCUGCGAAGCGGGCGACUCAUAUCAGCGCACGCCCGAAAACUAAUUCUGCAUCAACUAGGAGAGAAACUCGUUCAGACAAACCCUAAUAUUUCGAAGGAGCUCUUGGCAAAUAUUGCCCGUCAGAUGGUGCGCGAACUCCCAGGACUGGCCGAUGAGGGCGGCGAUGGCUCCCGCCACCACACUCUGUACCAGAAACUGGACAACGUGGUGCAGGGCCUGCUGCGGCAGAAGCGCGUGGAUUCCGGGGUGACCCGGGCGACCACGGGCCGACCGUCGCAGCGCCCCAUCACCGCUAAGAUGCAGUACGGCACGAAGCACUUUCGGCCUCUGUCUUACGGUGAUGGGGAAAGUGCCGCUACGCAGGAGGAAAAACGCACCUGGUUGUCGACGCACUUCAACACCGUCAAGGCAGGGGACCGCGACGACGACCAGGUGCAGCUCCUCAUGGCGCAGACCUACCCGUCCCAACGUAUGCAGAUCGUCCGGGCGGUCCAGGAAGAGACGGAAGAGGCCGUCACCAAAGACUGGCCGUUCUUGUCCACGGCUCCAAUGCUGAAACUCCACUUCCGACUUUUGACGGAAGUGGAUGUGGAUGCCCGUGCAGAGAAGAACGUGAAGAAGCUAAAUGCAGCAUUGACAGCAUAUUUCCAUGCCGAGUUCGGCAAAAAGCGGCCUCAUAAGGACGCCAUUGGCCGCUGUCUGGCGUUCUGUAAGAACAAGGCAGAAGAUAUCCAAUUUGUGUGCUUGCUAUUUUUGGCUGGCGUCGUAAUGAGGGAUGACCUCAAUUCCCUCUGCGUUUUUCUACCGUUAACACUGAAAGAUAAGCCUCCAAAGGAAGUGGCUCGGGAGGCGAGCCAAACCAUUUACGGCGAACUGGAGGACGUGGAAACGCAGGGCGACGACGCUGCUGAUGAUCCCCUGAUCAAGAGCAGAGCGAUUCGCCUCGUGGUCGUAGGCCAUGACAUCUACAACGCUGUGGAGGCCUACCCAUUAAUAGACGGCAGGUGCCUCGGAGAGCAGGGCAUGUCGGUAUUCGACGGCCUGUUGAGCACCUUCACCCUUUUCUAUAUUUUUGGAAGGGACUACCCAUUCAAAUGUAAAGGAAUGCUUGAUUUCAUCCAACGGAAAGUCUUCGAAUUUGAAGGAGCCGGGUCUAAGGUAGAGAGAAGUGGUUCGCGGAAGAACCCUCCCCCUGUUAGCAACAAUUAUUUGACAUUCGUUGAUAGGGUGAGACAAUAUUGUGAACCAUUGAAUGUGGAGUUUUAGAGUUUGUGCAUAUUGUAUUUUAACUGUUAAAUGUAACAUUGUAAAUUUUUAUUAUAAUUGUACCAGUACCUGUAAAUGUAUUAGGUGUGUUUGUUUGAUAAAUUUGUACGAUUUGUAAGCAAACCUGAAAGUAAAUG